CUGGCCCCAGCAGCCAUGGUCCCGGCCCCAGUUCUGGCCUCGGCAGCCAUGGUUCCAGACUCAGUUCUGGCCAUGGUCCCGGCCCCAGUUCCGGCCCCAGCGGCCAUGGUUCCAGACCCAGCUCUGGCCCCAGCUGCCAUAGUCCCAUCUCAAGUCCCAUCUCUGGUCCCUUCUCUAGUCUUUUCUCGAGUCCUAACUCAAGUCCCUUCUCUAGUCCCUUCUCUGGUCCCCUCUCUAGUCCCUCCUCUAGUCCCUUCCCAAGUCCCUCCUCUAGUCCCUUCUCUAGUCCCUUCUCUAAUCCCUUCUCCAGUCCCACCUCUAGUCACUUCUCUAGUCACUUCUCAAGUACCAACUCUAGUCCCAUCUCAAGUCCCUUCUCUAGUCCCUACUCAAUUCAUUUCUCAAGUCCUUUCUCAAGUCCCUCCUCUAGUCACUUCCCUAGUCACUUCUCUAGUCCCAUCUCUAGUCCCUUCUCCAGUCCCACCUUUAGUCACUUCUCUAGUCGCUCCUUUAGAUCGCUGA